UAGUGGGGAAAAGCGGGAAAAGUAUCGUAAUUAAGUUAGAAACUUGUUCUAUGAUUUUUAUAUUUAAAGUAUGUAAUCAGUCAUAUGAAAUGUUUGAAUGCAGUUGGAAUUUUACGUCUUUCGUUUAUUAAGUAGUAUAUCUAUAGUUGCUUGGUGCUCCGAAACCCGAAACGUACGCGAUGGAAGAACACAAGCUCAAACGGAGGAAGCAACGUGCGUUGGAGGAUGGCAAUUUGGAAAUAUUGGCAUCUACCUGCAGGAAGUUGGGUGAAUUCUACUCAAACUGUGGCAAGUAUGAAGAAGCAUUGAAAGCAUAUAAGGAAGAAGAGACAUCAUGGGAAGCUCAAGGAAAGCUGCUGCAAGUCGCGGUGGCGAACCGCAUGAUUGGCGAAGUGUACAACAACAUGGGCAACUUCCAGGAAGCGCUCAUCCAUCAGGAGAAGCACUUGAUCAUCGCCCGGGCGCAGCGGAGCGCGGUGGAGGAGCAGAGGGCUCUGGCGACCAUCGGCCGGACCUACUUCUGCCUGGCGGAGAGCCUGGACGCGGACGAGCCGGGCCACCGGCAGGCCCUGGCCAGCGCCCAGCGGGCCUACACGAGCAGCCUCCGCAUCUGCGAGCAACUGACUGGCAUCAGCAAGCAGGAGCAGUCUGAGAUGAAGGCGCGCUUGCUUCUGAACAUCGGCUUGGUGUUGGAGUCCCAGAAGGAUAUACAGAAAGCUAUAGAGUUCAUCCAAAAGGCGGUAGGCCUGUGCAGGUGCCACGACCUGUUGGAGGACCUGUACCGCUGCUACCUGGCUCUGGGCAUGGUGUACCACCGCCAGGGGGACACCGCCAAGGCCCUCACGCUGCUCAACAAGGCCCUGGAGGUCGCUGGCCGGCUCGACAACAAGGCCUUGCUGUUCACCGAGGCUCUCCUGUCCAAAGCAGAGGUGCUGUUCAGCUUGGCAGAUUUCCGAGGAGCCAAACACGCACUGCACAAGGCAUACAAGCUUCGCACGCCAAACGAAGCUGAAAGGGAUGCUGUCGAAAAGAACUUGAAAAUUGCCGUGGCGAUGAGCCAAGCAGAGGACCAGCUAGCGGUGGUGCAAGACGAGGACGUCUCCCAGCGGAAGAAGCUGUACGAGACGCUCGGCGAUGGCUGCGUGGCGGUCAAGAACUACGGCAAGGCCAUCGAGUUCUACCUGAAGAUGCUGGAGUGUGUGCAGAUGCAAGGCGAAGGCCCCAAAAGCUUGGCCCCAGCUUACGUGUCGCUGUCUCAGACGUACAAGGAUAACAGGCAGUACGAUAAAGCCUUGGAGUUCUUCAGGCGAGAACUGGAGCUGUACGAUAACAACCCUGUCGAGGCGUGCAAGACCACCCUGAACGUGGCGGAGGUGCUGGAGCUCCAGGGGGCGGACUACGCGGUAGUGGCGGGGGCGUACCGCUCGGCGCGGGACCUGGCCGCCGCCGCGGGGAACGGCAGGCUGGAGGUCCUCGCCCUCAAGUCCUUGCUCGCCCUGCAGAGGGCCAAGAGGCCGGAGCUCGUGGGAGAGACGGAGCUGGAGCUCCGGAGAAAACAGCAAGCGGCGGGAGACGCAGGCAGUAGCACUGAAGAUGACGACGUGGAAGAGGAGAUGCCCGAUGUUGGGGAUGAUAUCUGUCUGGACAUGUUGUCAGAUGAGUCGGCCAGCGAGGGGGAGGAGUUUGACCGGCCGCAGCCGGCCCGCAAGCGACCCAGGCUGAAGGUGCGCCGAAACGAAAAGGGAGAGACCCAACUGCACACGGCUUGCAUCAGUGGCCGGCUGGUGGCUGUUCGGACGCUCCUGGAGCAGGGACACCCGGUGAACGUGCGCGACCACUGCGGCUGGCUGCCCAUCCACGAGGCCUGCAACCACGGCCACCGGGACGUGGUGGAGCUGCUCCUGGACAAGGGCUCCGCCGUCAACGACCGGGGCGGCAAGGGGUGUGGGGGCGUCACCCCCUUGCACGACGCCGCCUCCUGCGGCCACCUGGCGACCGUGGAGCUGCUGCUGGACCGGGGCGCGUCCGCGACGGCCCGCACGGAUGAGGGUGAGAUGCCUCUGGCCUGCCUGAUGGGCUGGUACGAACGUGCCGGGAAGAAGAUGGAUGAUUGUGAGCAGCUGUACUUCAGGACGUUAGAGGCUCGCUUGAGGAAGGCCAUGGAGAAAGCUGGAUGCCAUGUGGACACGUCCAGACCACCAAGUGAGGGAGGCCAGGGAGCGAGGCGGGAGAACUCGUCCCAGCAGAGGCAAGUGUCUGCCAGCUCCUCCCGUCGCGGAGGUCUCAAACCCUCCCGCAACCCCGCCAGCGACAGGACAGGGCUGCGUCGCUCCGUCAGCAGCAGGGAGAGCUCCUCCGACUCGGGGGAUGACUGCAGCCACAGCGUUGCUGAGGAGUCGGACGGGGGCGUGCCUCCCUCGUCUCCGACCUUGAGACGAAGGUUGUCUCCCAGUGCGUCCACGAGCACUGCCGGCUGCAGCCAGGCGAAGAGCACAACCUCUGCUGCGGAGGAGUACGUGAGGACCAUCAGCGACCUGCGACACAGGCCGGCCGCGACCACAGCAGAGUUGCCAGAGUUGCACACGGAACCACGGGACCAUGUGGCUUUCCUUGCUGAGCGGGAGGUGGGAGACGAUUGGUUGGAAGAUGAUGUGAGCAGACCUAAGAAGAAAAGAAAACAUGUUGGUGAAUUGAGCUGUAAGCUGAUAACAUCGACCAACAUUCGAUCAGCAGUCUCGUUAGAUGUGACAUCAGAUGAUUUCAUAGAACCUUCAACAGCUGCCGAGUCUUCGUCAGGUCGUCAUGUGUCUCAGCCAUCUACCUCCAGUUUGAACCUGCAGAGGAAGGGCAGGGCCGGCCAGAAGUCGCUGCUGGACGCCGGGUUCUCGGUGAGGCAGGCAGCGGCCGGGGAGAGGUCCGGGGCCCCGGAGGCGCCGCCCCCGCCCCCGCCCGUCGCCGCGUGGGGCAUCAAGGUGCGGGUGGAGGACAUGCUGUUCCUAGUGCCCGUGCCCUCGCCCGAAGCCAACACCAUCGGCUGGCUGGCCGAGGAGGUCACCCAGCGCUGCUUCGACAAGAAGGGCCUGUUGCCGAGCCUCACGCUGGCGACGCGAGACGGAGCCAUCCUGUCGGAGGGGGACCCGGUGUCUCUGGUCAUGGGCGAAGGGGAGCUCAGCUCCAGCGUCUCGUCGUGGGCCGUGCCGCCCAUCGCCGAGAUCUACAAGAAGGCGUGCAGGAGCUCCAAGACCAGCGAGGAUGAGCACUUGGCCCGGGCGCUGGCAGACAGCCAAGUGUCGCGGGCGCUGCGGCUGCCCGACCUGGCCUUGCGGGGCGGCGCCCUGGGGCCAGUGUUCCAGGCCCUGCGACACCAGUCCACCCUCGCCCGGCUGCACCUGGGCGGUAACGUCCUGCAGGACGAGGGGGUCAAGUUGCUAGCAGAUUGUCUCCAGACUCUGUCCCAGCUAGAAGUCCUGGAUAUCAGCUGCAACAACGUUACCUCGGCGGGCCUGGCUCACCUCACCAAGGGGUCUGCUUCGUCUCUUGCGUCACUAAGGACACUAAACCUGGGCUUCAACCCUAUCGGGAACAGUGGCGUAAAGCAUUUAUGUGCGCUAACCUCCAGCCUGGCUUCACUGAAGGAACUUGUAUUGACUUCCUGUGGAUUCACUCUUGAUGGCUUCAAAGUGAAGUUCUUGGAAUCAGAACCCCCAGAUUUAUGUGUGGACGGCGUGGAGAAGCUGGACAUCAGCCGCAACGCCGUGGGCAGGGAGGGAGUGAUGAGCUUCCUGGCGCGCCUCUCCCCCGGCGCGCUGGUCAGCCUGAACCUCGCCCACUCCGCCGCCCCGCCCCAGGACCGCAGCGACGACGGCUCGGUGGCCGCAGAGCUGUCGCUGUUCUUCGAGCGCAGCGCCCCGGAGAGCCUCCGCUCGCUCGACCUGGCCGGCUGCAACCUGCGGGAUGCCGACGUCUGCGAGCUGACCAGGACGCUGGGAGCUGCGAGACACCUGUCCUUCCUGGGGCUGGCCCACAACCCGCGGCUGGGCUCGAGCUCCCUGCGCCGCCUGCUGCAGCGCGACGUCGCGGCGCGGGUGGACCUGCGCGGCUGCCCCGGGGUGGCGCGGCGGCCGCGCGAGGCCCUGCCCGUGUUCCGGGCCGUGGACCCCGCCACGCUCCGGCCCGCACGCUGCCGGCUGGAGACCCUCGCGCUGUCCCUGCCCGGCGGCGACGACGAGGCGGACGCCGUCCGGCUGCUGCGCGAGGCGUGGCAGGACGCGUGGGGGGCCCGGGCGAGCGUGUCGCGCGGCCCGGCCGGCCUCCUGGUCCUGUCCGUGUCGGAGCGCGGUGGUGCUUGACGCGUCGCCUUCCAGGCUCCUGAGAUGAGGGACUGUUGGGCGCCGGCCAGAUUCUGUGGAGUCUAAACAAAUUGGGAUUUGACGAAGAUGCUAUUACAGUACUUUGCUUAAAAAUUAAUUUGUAUAUGGCCCAACUGUUAUCCCACAGACAAUUUUAUAUUUUCAGUAUAGAUGGAUACAAAUGGCUGUUUAAAUUAAAAUACCGUAAUAACAUCUUAGUUGAAUGAUAAGACUGUGUGACUCUUUAUUUAUGUUAAAUGUUUACCCUACCUUUUUGUA